GGAGAGAGAAUUAGACUUCAUUCGAUUUCGUAUUUAGCCGAUUACUGUGUGUGAAAAUGGUUACACUAUGCUGUUCGGACCAUCUUGAAUUGAUUUUUCGUAAAGAGGUUGUGGAAACAUUUAAUUUCGACUUGCUCUUGUGAGGUAUGAAUUACGAUGAGAUAUGAAUUCCUUGAAAACGCGUUCUAACUUGGUAUUGCUUGAUUCAUGAUUAAGAAGGUUUUAGAAAUUCUUCUACUUCAUCCACAUGAACUGAAAUUAUGUCCGACUUAUUAGACACAUGGACAAGUAUUUGUAGGUCGCUUGCAGUCUUAAGGUAGUCGUUUUGCAUAUUCGGUACUCCAAAUAAAAAAGUUUUUUUUAUUAUGAUGAAGCCUACCCUUGAUUAAUCAUUUAAUUAAUUAAAUUCAAUAAUGCGCUUCUUGGUUGUAUGAUUUCCAUUUUCAUCUUGGCAUUUUCUUUGUACUCUGUUUAUUCAAUGCUUUGAAUCCAUAUAAUCUCUAUGCUGCUGCAGUGGGGAUCAAUCAUUAAACAGUGAGUUACUAGUGUAAAGACAUAAGUAGGCCGAAACAUAAUAGGAAAUGUAUUCGUUGAGGGGCUAGAAAUAUAGUUUCCCACGUAAGGUAGGAGGUGCUUUCUGUUAUCAAUAUGUGUUUUCUUACAUCUGUUUCUAUCUGGUCUUAUAGUAAUGAAAUUACAAUUAGCACAACCGCUGAUCCUGACGGUUGUCUGAACGUGAAUUCCUCUGCCCUGGACCAAGCAAAAGGGAUUCAAGCAAAUUCGUUUGAACAGUUCCCUAGUUUUUUGAAACAGUUGCUUAAAUCGCAUCUGUCUGGAAAAUUUUAUUUGGGUUUACCAAAGAAAUUUUGUGAUGCACAUUUGCCAAGCCAUGAUGGAAGUAUUAUAUUGGUUGACGAAAACGAUCAAGAAUACAAUACAAAGUACUCUGUUCGAAAGAAUAGACUGAGUGGUGGUUGGAGGGGUUUCUCCAUUGAACACAAAUUGCUAGAGGGAGACGCCUUAGUAUUCCAUCUGAUUGAGCCUUGCAAGUUUAGGGUAUACAUUGUGAGAGCAGGCAAAAUAACAGAAAACGAAGGGGCAAUCGGCCUUCAGACUUAUGAUUUUCAGAACAUUAAGCCAAUUAGUGCCGUGAAAAUGGAAGAUCAAAUGGAAGAAAAUGCCUGUACUGGAAAAACAGCAAGGCAGGUGUACCUAAACUCUCUUGAAGUAGUAGAUAGCCAUCACGAAACAAAAAAGGCAAGAUUAACACCCGACAGUGAAAUUCACAUGCAUCACUCUGCCAAUAGCAUCGAUCAAUUUAAAGAUAUAAGUGGUUUUGAGAAUUUCAAGAUCCAAUCGGGUGGCCUAAUUCUCGACUCGGAGAUACCUAAAAAUAUCAGAGCAAAAUAUUACAACCUCUGCUGCAGUCAAAGAAUGUUUCUGCACGACCACCUUAUAAAUGGCCUCAGCACAAAGUUAGCCGUUGUAAUGAUUUCCGAAACUACCAAUAUAUCCGAGGCUGUGAGAUCUGCUGACGUGUCGACUUCUCUUCAUCAUUUGGAAUGCUGGGAAAAGACUUUGAAAGCUUUCGAGGAUUUAGGAAUGGCCGUUGGAUUUAUACGCAAUAGGCUGCAUAAAUUACUGGAAAUUUCGCGCGAAGCACAAUCGAAUAACGAGUCGAAGAUGACAGUGAAAACGCAAGCUGAUCAUGUGAGCGGUAAUCUUGAGACUUCUUCUUUGAAUGUCGAAGCACUUAUAGGAAGUCUAGAGGCCGAAAUCGAGUCUCUCAGAUGGAAAAACGAGAAGCUCGGAUUUGAAUUCCGUGAGCUUGCUCGAGCUCCGUGGUAGAAAAGAAUGUUACAUUAUGCAAAAGCGGAUACAGAUAACCUUGAUUUACGAGCAUAACUCGCGUUUUUUAGUGGUUUAUUAUUAUUAUUAUUGUUAUUAUUAUUAUUAUUAUUAUUAUUAUUACUUUUUUGGGUAGAAGUUUAUUUAAAACAGCUAAUGUACAGAAGAACUGUAGAGUAAUUUUUUAUUUAUUUUUAAUAUAUAUAACUUGUCGAAAAUAAUGUAUUGAUGUUAUAUGUUUAUUUAUAUGUAAUGUAGGAAAUUGAACUUCAGAGGUUGUCUU